AUGGACGUCGAUACUAGUCAAAUUGAAAAAAUUCGUGAAAUGUCAGGAGUUGCAGCUUACUACUUUUCUAAUGCACUACAGCAAGCAAAAAAUUUUGAUACUUUGCCGAGAGACAAUGUAAAGCGAUCAAACUUGCUUAUUUUAAUUGGACAGACAGCAACAGAACGCGGGGAUAUUGAAAAGUAUGAUUUGGAAGAACUGGAACAGGUUAUGACGGAUCUAAAUGUAAAGUUUAAAGUUAAAAAUUGGGUUCGGGGAACAUUAGUUGAGCCAUACGAAGAAGAGGGAAAUGUCAAUGGCCUUAUUUAUCCAGUUCAUCAUAAAAAAUCAGAGUAUGCUCAGAUGAAAGUUUUAAUCUAUCUUCUGUUGAGAACAGCUCUGGAUGGAUCGCGUGAAGCAACUCCUGAACUGCUUGAAUUACGAGAUAUAGUUUUGACAAAUUUAAAGAAUGCUAAUUCUCGUCAGAAAGGCCUGAAUUUAAGUAUCAAUGAAAAACGGUGUUCUAGUUGCUGUCGUGUAAGAGACUUGAAAGAAUUUUCAACUAAUGCAUGUCGAGAUUGUAUGAGUGCACUGGGCCAUGAAUGUCAAACUCCCACAGAAAGAAAGCGUCGUCUAAAACAAAGUGCUUAUCGACGAACUGUUUCGAUCAAACUCAGCCAACUUGAAAAUAUACAAUGGCAGCUGCUUGACGACGACACCUUCGUAAACUACCUUUGCUGUUUCGAUGGUUGUACCAAAGCGUUUGAUACAGCUCAAGCUACGGCGCAACACUAUAAAACAGACCACGAAGAUAUGAAGACGUGGGAAGAAUUCGAAAAAAGUGGCGGUACAAUUACAGCAUAUUUUUGUAAAGAUUGUAAUGAAUCGUUUACUCGAACAGCUACUAUCUAUUGUCAUGUCGACAGAAAACAUGAAAAAGCUGAUAAAACAUCAUAUACUUUAUCAGAGAAAAACGAUUUUGUUGUUACAAAAACCGAGGUAGCUAAAUCCAUGAAAUAG